ACAUGAACUUUUUCUUUACAGUAAUCCUAUUUCCUUUGUAUUCUUGUGAGAUAUAUGAGUAGAAGUGAUUUAAUUGCAGAAACUAUCACUCUGUGGUAUUUAAUGCAUAUUUCUCUUUCAGUUGUAGCAAGUCUAAUCAUCCUACAUUUGUCUGGGGCAACCAAAAAAGGAACAGAAAAGCAAACUACUUCCGAAGGACAGAGACCAGUGCAGUGCGGAACUUGGACAAAAUAUGCAGAAGGAGGCAUCUUCACUUCUCCAAAUUACCCCAACAAGUAUCCUCCGGACAGAGAGUGUGUCUACAUUAUAGAAGCUGCUCCUAGACAAUGCAUUGAACUACACUUUGAUGAAAAAUAUUCCAUAGAGCCUUCUUGGGAGUGUAAAUUUGACCACAUUGAAGUACGAGAUGGACCUUUUGGCUUUUCCCCAAUCCUUGGACGUUUUUGUGGACAGCAAAAUCCACCUAUGAUAAAAUCCAGUGGCAGAUUCCUGUGGAUUAAAUUUUUUGCUGACGCUGAACUGGAAUCUAUUGGGUUUUCUGCUCGGUAUAAUUUCACACCAGAUCCAGAUUUUAAGGACCUUGGCGUUUUGAAGCCAUUGCCAGUUUGUGAGUUUGAGAUGGGAGGACCUGAAGGAAUUGUGGAAUCUAUACAAAUUGUUAAAGAAGGAAAAGCUUCUGAAACUGAAGCAGUAGACUGUAAAUGGUACAUCCGAGCACCACCCCGAUCCAAGAUCUAUUUGCGAUUCUUGGACUACGAGAUGCAGAAUUCCAAUGAAUGCAAAAGGAAUUUUGUAGCAGUCUAUGAUGGAAGCAGCUCCGUGGAGGAUUUGAAAGCGAAGUUUUGCAGCACAGUUGCUAAUGAUGUAAUGCUGAGGACAGGUCUGGGUGUAAUCCGCAUGUGGGCAGAUGAAGGCAGUCGAAACAGCCGAUUCCAGAUGCUCUUCACAUCUUUCCAAGAACCCCCUUGUGAAGCCAACACAUUCUUUUGCCACAGUAAUAUGUGUAUAAAUAAUACACUGGUCUGCAAUGGGCUCCAGAACUGUGUGUAUCCCUGGGAUGAAAACCACUGCAAAGAAAAAAGAAAAGCAAACCUAUUGGACCAACUUACCAAUACCAGUGGGACUAUAAUUGGGGUGACUUCUUGCAUUGUGAUCAUCCUCAUUGUUAUCUCUAUUAUAGUACAGAUCAAACAGCCUCGUAAAAAAUUUGUCCAAAGGAAAACAGACUUUGAUCAAACAGUGUUCCAGGAGGUGUUUGAGCCUCCUCAUUAUGAGUUAUGCACCCUUAGAGGGACAGGGACUACAGCUGACCUUGCUGAUGUUGCAGAUGACUUUGAAAAUUAUCAUAAACUGCGGAGAUCCUCUUCAAAAUGCAUUCAUGACCAUCACUGUGGAUCACAAGUGUCUAGUAUUAAGGGCAGCCGUAGUAACCUCAGCACAAGAGAUGCUUCUGUCUUGACAGAAAUACAGCCCCAGCCUGUAAAACCACUUGUUCAGCCCAUGAACAGGAGAAAUAUCCUUGUCAUGAAGCAUAGCUACUCACAAGAUGCUGCAGAUGCGUGCGAGAUAGACGAAAUUGAAGAGGUGCCAACCACAAGUCACAGGCUGUCCAGACAUGAUAAAGCUGUUCAGCGGUUCUGCCUCAUUGGGUCUCUAAGCAAACAUGAGUCUGAGUACAACACAACUAGGGUCUAAGAGAAAAACCUGAGGUAAGUAAACAUACCUGUACAGCAGUUGAACCAUCCGUUGCUUUCCAUUUUAUUUGUUAUACUGC